UCCCGGACAGGCCUUACGCCCAUACGUCUCGUCUGAACGUUCACUCGCAACUGCACUUUCACGAACCAUCCAUAACAGUCUUUCAUCUUGUGGCCCUUCAAGAAUUUCGCCGUGGGAACUCAAACCAGAGCUGACUUCUCACUCACGUCUGUUCCUCGCACUUCGCCCCUCGACUUGUGACAACCGCCCACCACAGAUCGGCCAAGGGAACAAUCGCCCUGCGAAAUGGAAGUUAUCCAGACUCUCGUCCGCUCGGUCGCCCGAGCCUUCUACACGACCCAAGAGAUCCUCGUCGUCGACGCCCUAGUGAUGCACUCGGCGCUGCGCGACGACGAGUUGGCCUACCUCAUGAAGAUGAAUCUGAAGGACCUGCAUCGCCUUUGCGCAGGUCUUCGCGAUGCACGCUUUCUGGUCGUGCACACGCAGCCGGAGAUAGUGGAGGGUAGAGGCCGACCAAUCAACCGGACGUAUUACUUCAUCGACUACCGCGGGACCAUCGACGCCAUCAAGUGGCGCGUCUACAGGACCGACAAAGACAUGCAGGGCAGUAUCCAGCCCACGGAGGAGUCGAAGGACUACUCGUGCCCGCGCUGCCGCGCCCAAUGGACCCAGCUGGAGGUACUCGACUCGGUGUCGGCCGCGGGCUUCACUUGCCAGCGCUGCGGCACCGUGCUGGAGCGGAUCACGGAGCGCGACGCACCCGGCCACGCGCAGUUGUCGCGCAUGAACAAUCAGUUCAAAUUCAUGACAGACAUGCUGCAGCAGGUCGACCAGGUGGUGGUGCCCGAGUGCACCUUCGACAAGGCCAUCCAGACGGCUCGCCCCGUCGUCCGCGAGGCCACCUACGAGGCGCCCACCAGCGUGCCCCUCGAGACGGGCCUCAACAAGCCAUCGGCCGUCAAAGGGCUGGCCAAUGUGGGGCCCAAGACGAUGCAGAUCACGAUUUCCGACGGCGACGACGCGCAGGAGAAACUCGAGGAGCGGAAACGCAAGGAGCAGCGGCUGAAGGAAAACGCACUGCCGUCGUGGAUGUUGGACAGCGCCGUGCCAACCACCAUGUCCACGACCACGGCGGGGGCAACGCGGUCAUUUGAGAUGAUGGACGCCGGCGCGGAUGAUGAAGACCCUACGCGGACCAAGAGGGUAAAGCUGGAGACCACGUCGGCGGCCGAUGACAAGGACGGCGUCAUGAUGAGCUUCAAGAACGAGGAUGACGACGAAGACGAAUUCGAAUUCGAAGACGUGGUCUGAUCCGGCCAUCGGGGGAGCUGCUUGGUGUUCGAACCAGGAAGCGUGUCGGGACUGGUCCACCGGACAAACUCGAGGGCAGAGGAGGGUGAUACCUCAGUUAGCCCAAAAUGACCGGGU